UUCAAUUUCCCCCCAGUCCCCACAAAUCUUUUUCACUCCAUCUCUCUCACUCAGCUCUGAGCUUCUCACCCAUCUCUCUAAAUUUCUUGAAGUUGAAUUUGAUUAAAGUUUGAAAUAUAAAUGGGGAGACAUAUGAGAUACCCACUAACAUUGAUCCAUCUACUACUUUGAUUGAGUUUUUUAUUUGAGUUUCUGCGUACUUAAUCAUAGAACCACAUCUGCUCAACAAUUGCUGGUCAUUACUGAAGUAUUUGUUGUAGUAACUACCAACUUUUGCUCAAUUUAUUCAUGAGUAAACUCUAUGAAGCUCUGAGACCCAUCUUCAGGAACCCAGUUCCUUCGGACCCUUUAUUUUUCAUGAAUUUGCUUCAGAUGUGCAUUGAUGCAAAAGCAGGAAAAGAAGGUCGUUUGAUUCACAAACAUUUGGUUUGUAAUGGGUUUGACUCAAAUGUAAAUUUAAAUACCAAACUAAUCAUACUUUAUGGAAAAAUUGGUUACAUGAGACAUGCACGUAAGGUGUUCGAUAGAAUGCCUGAAAGAAAUAUUGUAUCUUGGACUGCUUUGUUAUCUGGGUACUCCCAAAAUGGGUUCUUUAAGGAUUCCCUGAUGGUUUUUGAGGAUAUGCAUCAUUCAGGUGUGAAGGGUAAUCAGUUUACUUAUGGUAGUGCAUUGAGGGGGUGCACCAAGUUGAUGUGUUUAAGGAGUGGGAAGCAAAUUCAAGGGUGUUUGCAGAAGAGUAGAUUUUUUAGGAAUUUGUUUGUGCAAAGUGCAUUGGUAGACCUGUAUUCGAAGUGUGGGAGUAUCAACGAUGCGAGUAUCAUCUUCCAGACAAUGCCUGAGAGGGACUUGGUGUGCUGGAACGCAAUGAUUGGUGGUUAUGCAGUCCAAGGCUUUUUAAAUGAUGCAUUUCAUUUGUUUCCAUUGAUGAUGAAAGAAGGUACAAUACCCGAUUGCUUUACUUUUGGAAGUUUAUUGAGAGCCUGUGCUGAAGGUAAUAAUCUUUCCAGAGUCUUCCUAAUCCAUGGACUUAUUAUACAAUAUGGUUACGGAUUACAUGAUCUGUUGAGCAGACUAUUAAUAGAUGCGUAUGCAAAAUGUGGAAGCACAAAGCACGCGUACACUGUAUUUAAGAGUAUGAUGGUAAAGAAUUUGCUGUCAUACACUGCUAUGAUUGCUGGUUUUGCACAUGAACAUGACCAUCAUAUUGAUGCUUUGAAUCUCUUUGGUGAAAUAUACCACAGUGGCAUGGUGCUAGAUGGUUUUCUGCUCUGCACCAUGCUUAGUAUGUGUUCUAAUACGUCCUUGUUGAACUUUGGAAAACAACUUCAUGCUCUUGCACUAAAGUAUGUUCCCAUUUUUGACGUGGCUAUGGGAAAUGCCCUUAUCGAUAUGUAUGCCAAAUGUGGGGAGCUUAAGGAAGCCAUUCGUGCUUUUGAUCAAAUGGAAGAAAAGAAUGUUAUUUCAUGGUCAUCUUUGAUUGAUGGAUAUGCUAAGCAUGGCUAUGGACAUGAGGCAAUGUCGUUAUAUAGGAAGAUGGAACAUGAGGGUCUCAAGCCAAAUGAUGUGACAUUCUUGUCUAUUCUAUUUGCUUGUAGUCAUGCAGGGUUAAUUAAGGAAGGAUGGGAAUGCUUUAAUAAUAUGGUUGACAAACAUAAUAUUUCCCCAACUGAAAAACACUAUUCAUGCAUGAUUGAUGUAUUAGCACGAGGUGGCCAAUUAGAGGAAGCUUUUAAUCUAAUGCAAAAGAUGAAUAUUCAACCCAAUGCAUCUCACUGGGGAGCAAUUCUUGGUGCCUCCAAAGUCCAUGGAGAUAUAUGUCUUGGAAAAUUAGCAGCAAAACAUCUUUUUAAUUUGGAUACCAAAAAUUCUUCUAACUAUGUUGCUUUGGCUAGUAUAUAUGCUGCAUCAGGUUUGUGGAAUGAUUCAUGGGAUACACAUAAAUUGAUGGAAGAGAAUAACUUGAAUAAGAAUCCUGGCUGCAGUCUUGACUUGUCCCAAGAGAAGAGAACAGAGCUUCUGCAAAGCUGAAAACAGUUGAAGACAAAAUACGACUACUUCUCUCAAAAAAGAUGACACUGUAGUGGGUCUUGUAGUGGUUAUUACUGGUUAACUGGUGAAAAAUAGAAGUUGCUUCUGUCAACGAUAACAUUAUGAUCAAGAAUCUGUGGUUCAACUUGUAAGAUCGUGCUUUUCCAUGAUUGCCUUUGCCAGAUUGAGGACAUAAUAUGGAGGAAUGAUGAAUUGAGGAGCUGCUGACAAGAGUAGACAAAAUCAAUCUUGCGUUUGAUAAGUACCUCAGGAAUUUUAAUGAACUGAAUUACAUGUAAAUUUUACACAGUUGGGGCGUGCGUUCAGCACCCAGGAAAAAUUACAAAGAAAACCAGAGACUAGUAUACUUCUUCCUACAAGAUUUAAAGCUAAAGUUCACG